UCGGCACUUGAGGCGUGUUCCUUGUCUGCUCUUGCCACACGCAUAAAAAGAACCCUGGCAUUUUUCUGUUAUCAAUCAUCACAAGAAUGACCCUCACUUCAUUUUCUCAGGAUCCAAACAAGAACAGUUCCUAUCACCCUCUUCCCGAUUCAGAAUCAGAAAUUCACUUGAAACAUGAAGAUAGAAUCGAGGCAUCGUCUUCAUCAGCUCGCAGAAAGGCACGAAUCAACAGAUAUGCUCUCGCCGGUGCCAUUUUGGCUUCCACGAAUUCUGUUCUUUUAGGCUAUGAUAUCGGAGUUAUGAGUGGAGCGGUGCUUUACAUCAGAGAAGACCUGAGAAUCUCGUCGAUGCAGGUCGAAAUCCUGGUCGGUUCGUUGAAUGUGUGCUCCCUAAUCGGAUCGCUCGCAUCGGGAAAGACCUCGGAUUCGAUCGGACGGCGGUACACGAUCAUCCUCGCGGCGUUGACGUUCCUGCUCGGCGCGAUCCUGAUGGGACUCGCGCCGUCGUUCUCCUUCCUCAUGGCCGGUCGAAUCGUUGCCGGAAUCGGCGUCGGAUUCUCCCUCAUGAUCGCUCCGGUCUACGUCGCCGAGCUCUCCCCAGCCAUGACUCGCGGAUUCCUCACCUCCCUCCCCGAGGUCUUUAUCAAUGUCGGAAUCCUCCUCGGCUACAUCUCGAAUUACGCGCUUUCAGGCAUUUCGCCGAGCGUCAACUGGCGGCUCAUGCUCGGAAUGGCGGCGGUCCCGGCGAUGGCCGUGGCGGUCGGAGUUCUGGCGAUGCCGGAGUCGCCGCCGUGGCUGGUGAUGAGAGGCCGAUUGGAGGAGGCGAGGAAGGUUCUGGUGAGAACCUCCGAGACGAAGGAAGAGGCCGAGAGGCGGCUCUCGGAGAUCGUCAAAGCGGCGUCGUUAUGCAGCACAAAUUUGCGCGGCGGACAAGGCGCUGUUUGGAUGGACCUCCUCUUCCGGCCGUCGCGUUCCGUCCGGCGAAUCCUCAUCGCCGCCGUCGGAGUCAACUUCUUCAUGCAAGCCUCCGGAAACGACGCCGUUGUGUACUACAGCCCCGAGGUUUUCAAAGAAGCCGGAAUUCAAGGCAAACGACAAUUAGUCGGCGUGACUGUGAUGAUGGGAAUCGCCAAAACCUCUUUCGUUUUGAUCUCGGCUCUCUUCUUGGACAAUUUCGGGAGAAGGCCUCUUUUGCUAUUGGGCUCAGCUGGGAUGGCCCUGUCAUUAGCUGGGCUGGGCCUGGGUUCCAAGUAUCUGGAGUAUAGCGACCCCAAGCCCGAGUGGGCCAUACUGCUGUGUGUGGUGGCGGUUUGUUCAACAGUUUCGUUCUUUUCAAUUGGGCUUGGACCCAUUACGUGGGUCUACUCAUCGGAGAUUUUCCCGCUUAGGUUCCGAGCCCAAGGUUCAAGCUUGGCGAUAUCUGUGAAUAGAUUGGUCAGCGGUUUGGUUUCGAUGACGUUUUUGAGUAUUUCCGAGGAGAUUUCGUUUGGUGGAAUGUUUUAUACAUUGUCGGGAAUAAUGGUUGUGGCCACCAUUUUCUUUUACUUCUUUUGUCCUGAGACCAAAGGGAAGAGCUUAGAGGAGAUUGGGGCUCUAUUUGAGGACCAAGUUCAUGAGAAUAAUGACGACUACAAACUCCUCUCUUGAGGCAAUAUAUAUGCUUUUUUUUCCAAUGUUGCCUUUCAAGUGAGAUUGAUGGGCAGUUUAGUUGUUUUCCUUGCAUGAAAAUUAAAGCAUUCUUUUUUAGAACAUAAGGGGAUUUUUAAGAUAGGUUCAGAUUUGCAACAUAUGUAUCAAGUUUUUAAUAGGAAAUGACAUAUUGUUGCAAGACGGGGAAAGAUUAAUGGAUAUCUUCCCCAAUGGUUGUGGCAUACAUGUAUAUACUCGUCUACAUGGUUUGGGUCUAUUUGGUCGGAUAAUUUGAUUUUAGUUGCAUUGAUUUGUUCA